GGAUCCAGUUCCUUUUUAGAAGUGAAUGAGACAAUUUCACAAACCUUCACUAUUUUCAUGAAAUGAUUAGACUAUGGGAGCUUCGUUCUGUAGCCUUUACAAGAGCCGUUUUUGUGGAAUUUUUUGCAACCCUUUUAUUCGUUAUGUUUGGUUUAGGCUCAUCUUUACACUGGCCUGGAGCACCACCAAGUGUCCUGCAAGUUGCCUUAGCUUUUGGCCUUGGUAUAGGUACUUUGGUUCAGGCUUUUGGUCAUGUAAGUGGUGCCCACAUCAACCCAGCUGUAACUCUAGCAUUCAUGGUGGGCUCCCACAUUUCAUUCCUGAGAGCUGUUUUUUAUAUGGGAGCUCAGUUACUGGGAGCUGUGUCUGGAGCAGCCAUUCUUCAAGGGCUUACUCCCUUUGAAGUCCGAGGGAACUUAUCGGUAAAUGGGUUAUUUAACAACACAGAUGCUGGAAAAGCUUUAGUAGUUGAGCUUUUUCUAACUCUUCAGCUAAUCUUAUGUAUAUUUGCAUCUAUUGACGAUCGAAGGACAGACACUGUGGGUUCACCAGCUUUGUCUAUUGGAUUGUCAGUGACACUUGGACACCUCCUUGGUAUCUACUACACAGGAUGCUCCAUGAACCCAGCAAGAUCCUUUGCACCAGCAGUAGUGACAGGGAUUUUCGAUGCUCAUUGGGUCUUCUGGCUGGGACCAAUGUUCGGUGCCAUAUUAGGAUCCCUGAUGUAUCACUUUAUACUGAUUCCAAACACCAAGACCUUCUCUGAAAGAAUAGCGAUCCUGCGAGGGGAGCUGGAGCCUGAAGAAGACUGGGAAGAGAACGAUAUGCGUAGAAGACAAUCAGUAGAGCUACACUCACCCCAGAUAAUACCAAGAAGUGGGAUGACUGAAAAAGUCUGAGUAAAAUGCAGAGAAGAAGACCUAAGGUGACCAGCCAUAGUGAAGGACCUCUGAAUCUGUGCCGCAUCUGGUCACAAGUAUGUUUGGUUGGAUUUAGCAUACAGUAUAAUACAUAAUCAUUUAGGGCAUGAAAACAUAGUGUACAACCAGUGUUUGGUCAGUGU